AUGGCGCCUUCUCCAGCCAGCCAGCGCGCGGCCCGGCUGCGACCUAUGCAGCAGCGCACCCAGCCGCGAUAUCAGUACUAUCUCUCGCUGCCAUCCGCGUAUCACCAAAAUUACCAGCAGGCGUUAGGGAAGCAUCAGCCGCAAGGGCAGCAACAGCAGCAGGGACAACAAGCGCAAGAGCAAGAGCAUCAGCAACAGCAGCAGCUGGAGCAGAAGCAGGAGCAGGAGCAGAAGCAGGAACGUCUCUGGCCGCUCAUCCUGUUCCUGCAUGGCGCAGGAGAGGGCGGCCCGGGCGGACUUGAAAAGGUAAAGCUCCACGGCGUUCCUCGUCUGGUGGCGGCCCAUUGCGGGGAGGAAGCUGCACGGAAGGCCGGCAGUCGCCCGGAGCCCGUCAACAUGGAGUGCGCGGAGCUGGUGGGUGAGGGAGCCAUCACCGUGUCGCCCCAGCAGCAGCAGCAGCAAAUGUAA